AUGAAGAUGGUAGCAUUGUUGCUUAUAACAUUUUUCAUAGUCUUGACAUCAUUCCCUCCUCCGCCUAAAGCUGACGCUACUCCCAAGACCAAUGGGAAAUCAUGUCUUACAAAUGCGGUUAAGGAUUGCUUUGAUGGAAUUGCACGUGGAGCGCAGGUGGGGAAAACAUGUUGUACGACUCUGAAAGAUCAUCAUACAUGUCUUUGUGAUAUCAUUAAAGCCCGUAUGGUCGACUCAAGUGUCCUUAGCGAUAGUCUCAGGGUUUGUGGUAUUCCUAACCCCAAAUGUUGA